GUGUCAAAUGAUGUGUUAGCACUGAUUGGCCCAGGUGAUUCCAAAUUGUGGUGGGGUCAAUCAGAGUAUACUUUGGUGAGAAUUAAUGCAAUAGAUGCCGGUUGCACACCACGCAUGACAAGUUCUGUGGUUCCACCUACUCGAAAGCUAUGUCCUGCUAGGUUCUCGUCUGGGAGUAGUUGCUUGAGUCUUGUGAUGAACCAGCGUUUGGUUGCUGUUGUUGGCGUACGAUCCUUGUAUACGGAUAUUCAUGUAUUGUUUCCAGAUAACUCGAACUUUAGUGCGGCCAUGGUUGAAACCUUGAUUUCAUCUGAUUGGUUGUUUGGUAGGAGCUCCCCUAGUCAUGCAAGACCGUAA